UCCCCUAACGACGGCGGUCACCGGGGAGCGGUCGCGAUGCUGGGUUACACGGACGUGUCCACUGCCCCGCAGCAUAUUCCCCCGGAAAUGCCCCAGUACGGGGAGGAGAACCACAUCUUCAAGAUGAUGCAGAACAUGCUGGAGCAACUCCUGAUCCACCAGCCCUCCGACCCCAUCCAGUUCAUGAUCAGUCACUUGCAACUAGACAACGAUGACGUGCCAAAGAUUAUAAUACUUGGUCCACCGGCCUCGGGGAAAACAACUAUAGCAAUGUGGCUUUGCAAACAUCUCAACAGCAAUCUUCUCAGCGUGGAGAACUUGAUGGCAAAUGAAGCUUCCUCUUUGGCUGCAGGUGCCAGGUGGCACUACCAGAAAACUAAGACAGUACCCAGCAUGCUGCUUGCCAGGAUGGUUAAGGAGCGCCUGCAGCAAGAGGACUGUGUCAGGCGGGGCUGGAUUCUGGAUGGCAUCCCUGAGACUCGGGAGCAGGCCCUGAUGGUCCAGACUCUUGGAAUCACCCCCAGACACGUCAUUGUGCUGAAUGCUCCAGACACUGUCCUGAUAGAGAGAAACUUGGGGAAGAGAGUCGACCCUCAAACUGGAGAGAUUUAUCACACCACCUUUGACUGGCCCCCCGAGUCUGAAGUUCAGGACCGGCUGGUGGUGCCGGCAGGCAUCUCGGCGCUGGAGACGGCCCAGAAGCUGCUGGAGCAUCACAGGAACAUCGCCAGGAUCCUCCCCUCUUACCGCAAAGUCCUGAAAGCCAUCAGUGCCGACCAGCCGUGUGUGGACGUCUUCUACCAGGCUCUGACCUAUGUCCAGACCAGCCAUCGAUCUAAUGCCCCAUUCACCCCUCGGGUGCUGCUUUGUGGGCCCAUGGGCAGUGGGAAAAGUCUGCAAGCCGCCCUCCUGGCCCAGAAAUAUGGCCUCAUCAACGUCUGCUGCGGGCAGCUGCUGAAGGAGGCUGUGGCGGACGAGUCGAGCCUCGGAGGGCUCAUCCAGCCCUUUCUUGAAAAGGGGGUUGCAGUCCCUGACAGCAUCAUCGUGAAGGUGCUGAGCCAUCGCCUGAGCCGGCAGGACUGUGUUCAGAAAGGGUGGGUGCUGCACGGCUUCCCGAGAGACCUGGACCAGGCACACAUGCUGCACAGCCUGGGCCCCAAGCCCAACAGGGUGUUUUUCCUGAAUGUGCCAUUUGAUUCUGUCAUCGAGCGGCUGACCCUGAGAAGAACUGAUCCUGUCACUGGAGAAAGGUACCACCUCAUGUACAAGCCACCUCCGACCAUGGAAAUCCAGGCCCGCCUCCUUCAGAACCCAAAGGACGCUGAAGAGCAGGUCAAGCUCAAAAUGGAUCUGUUCUACCAGAAUUCUGCUGAACUGGAGGAGUUCUACGGGCAGGCCAUCACCCUCAAUGGGGACCAGGACCCGUACACGGUCUUCGAAUACAUAGAAAGUGGGAUCAUUAACCCCCUGCCCAAGAAAGUUCCCUGAUGGGCCCAGAGCAAGGAGCAUCCCCCAGGGAGACAAAGGUCACCCCCACCCCAACCUUCUGGAACCUUAACCAAACCAAUAAAGAGUGCUGGGUUCAGUCUUGCGUGUCCUGAGGUAAGGUGGCCUUGUGUGGGGGUCUGGGAACACAGGGCAGGCAAAGCCCAGGCGGCAGUGACGUAGAGCAGGGCCGGCCGCAUCAGCACAAGGCUACAAGCACCCUCAGAACCCUCAGGACCUCUGUCCUUUCUCACAAGCAAGACAGAGUAACCACAACCCCUGCCUCAGGGAUUGUUGUGGAAUUAAAUGAGGAGAUGCAGGUAAAGCUGUUAGCACAGUGCCUGGUACACAGUAGGUUCUCAGUAAAUGUAGUUUUAAAAAGAGCCAUG